UAAGAUGUGAAAACAACUUUAAAACUAAAAAGAUAUAUAAAACAUAUGUACACGCAACAAGUUGUUAUAUAGAUCUAGUACGAUAUCGACAUUUAAAACGUAAACACACUUGUUAAGCUAUUAAGCAAAAAUUAAUUAAGAAUAUGAAAUCCUUAACUGUAGUAAGCAUUUUAGCAGGAGCUAUACUAUUGCUGACCGUAGUAGUUCAGGCCAAUAAUAUUACCUGGGGUUAUGUUGGUCCCUACGAUCGUCUAUUGGCCACCGAUUAUGUCUAUAAGCCUAGCAGUUGGUUUAGCAAACAAACCGCUGAAGUUGUCUAUCCACCUAAAGGCCAUAUCAACUAUGUGACUUUGACUGCCAUUAAAGCCUGGGAUUUUGGUGGCCGCAAACAGUUCGGUUAUGCCUCUUUGGUAAGAGGUGGUCCUGGUCAUCGUAAUGCUACUAUUCACUUGAAGUCUCAAAGUGGCAAAGCUUUGAAUUUCACCAUUCAAUAUUUUGGACGUUAAAGGGAAUUUUUUUAUUUUUUAUUGCUUGUGGAUCUCUACUUAUUAUGAAACAGUGUGAAAACCCUUAAGAUUUGUGGAUUAAAAGAAAUAAAUAAAUUAUUUUGAAGAAAAUAAGUCUAAAUGGA